GUCCUAGUUGCUUUUUCUUAUAUACCAGCUGUGUUUGCUUAGCAUAGCCUUCAAAUGCACUUAUCCACGAGGUGUACAAACAAUGGCAAACACAAGCUGCACUCGUUGGGUCACUGACUGUGGUGAGUUUAGGUUUAUGAAAAUGAGACAUUACACUCUGACAGUGGUGGAGGGAGAGGCUCUGUAUGAACUGUCCUGUGGAGUCCCAGACUCCGACCACAGCACAAACGUGCAGUGGACUCAGGGGACACGCCCUCAUCCCAUUUGGAGCCCGCCUCCUCUUCAUUACAGUACAGUCCGCCCACCAGGGAGAGUAUACCUGCACUUACAAUGGCAGCACGUUCAGUGUCUUCCUCAAUGUCCUCGGUGGCGUGGUUCUUGAAUGGAGAGCCAGUUGACGGCCGUAGUGUCCAGGCCACGCCUCUAGCCACAGGGUCUCUCUACCUCCACCCUCCUCUGCCCCCCGGGGACACCAUCGCCACAUGUGAGGCCAGCAACCAUCUGGGAGUGGUCCGGAGCACUACCGUCAUCACUGCCUCCUAGACUAUAGCACCGUGACUGACAGAGAACCUUUCAUUGCGGUACAAUUGAUGAUGC